GUAUUGGUGAUUAUUAUGUAUCUGUAUAGGUAUAAUAAACGGUUUUUUUUUAGUUUUACCCGUAUCCCGAGAUGUCGAACGACAGUUGAAUGGAGAUGCAAUAAUACAUCAGCUUUUUGAAAUGCUUAGAUAUUACAUGAAAAAUGGAGAUUCUGAGAAAAAAAUACCGAUAUUGGACCCUUUCGAAAUUGAAAACGGUGGUGUAGAAAUAGUCCUACCAUCAAAAAUACUAAGUCUGCAAGCUGGAUACCGAAAAGCAGUUGUAAAGGGGGUCAGUCAUUUUCAAUUGGAUCGAGCCAAAUUCAUAAAGGAAAAAGUCGCUGUCAAUUUGACCAUUACAUUCCCAUCGAUCAAAAUUAAAUCAGAAUACUAUAAAUUGGAAGGUGACAUUUAUGGAGCAGUGCCGAUUUCUGGAGAAGGAAAAUUCGAGUUGGAAGUAAUCAGCUUCAAAUUUAAGGGAAUGGUCUUUUUGAAGCAAUCUGAAGAUGAAAAAUCUGUCUUGAUUAAUUACAUAUCAAACCCAGAGUUCAGCUUCCAACAAAUUCAAUCCAACACGGAUGUUGAUGGAAACAUAGACGGCAUCUUCAACGCCAUGAUGGAAGACCUUAUGACGCAAUACCUUAACAGAUUUAACAAAUAUAUAGCUAAUAGUUUAAACCAAUAUUUCAUAGACAAUUUAAAUCUUUUAUUUAAUAAAUUUGAAUCCUGGCGACUGCUCGCCACAGUUUUAUAAAAUUAUAUUUUUUUUUUUAUAAAUUAUUGUUUAUAUUCUAGUUAUUAUAAUUUAUUCACGGACGUAUAAAACUAUAUUGUAUCUAAAGUAAA